AUGGGCUGGCUCGACGUCUUCUGCUGCUGGCGCCGUGCCGAUGGUGGUGUGAGUGACACCGAGACUGAGGUCCUGGUUGCGCCGGCACGUGCGCGCGCGCGUGGCACGUCUGUGACGAGCCAGGACGGAUAUGGAACCAUGACAAUGAGCGUGGCAGCGCCGAGCCGCGUAACCCACGCUCAGAAGGAGCGCAUGGCGGAAAUCAGCCGCGCUGCUGGGAGCCACAUGCGCCCGAUCAGCGGGUACACUGGCCGCUCGGUCUCUCCUCUCUCAGAUUCGGCCACAUCUUCACGCACACCCUCUCCCUCACCACCACGUCCCGAAUCUUCUCCUCCCGGCGGUAUGAUUUCCCCAGCACACUCGGCGACAUCACGUCGUUCCCGCGCGUCCUCGAGCCGACACAGCUUUGGCUCGCGGCCACGCGUAGUCUCGGCCCCCGACGAGGUUGUGCACAAGUCGAUCUUUGACGGUGUUGCACCUCCUCCGAGCCGCUCGCAACCGACUUCACGACGAUCAAGCGGAAGCUCGAAGAAGAAGCGGCGACGCGUUACCGGCCCCAAGCCAUAA